CUCGCGCAGGUUCUGGGGUUGGAAGGAGGCGGAGGAGCCGCGGUCCAACUGCUGAAGUCUCCAUGUGACAGUGAGUGGGGUCCCCUUUCUAGGCGCCACUCCACUUCUGAUCACAGUCACAGGAACCGGCCGCUAUUCCAGCACCGACAGACCGGCUGGCCCUGGACUCUGGGCGUCGGACCGUGCCACCGCCAGACUUGGGGUGCGGAGUGAACGGCCGCCCAGGGGAAGGAGGCGGAGCGGAGCUGCGCGCGGGGCUCCGUGGUGGCGCCCCCGAACUGGCAGACAUGAACGGCUUCACUCCGGAGGAGAUGAGCCGAGGCGGGGACGCGGCCGCCGCCGUGGCCGCGGUGGUCGCUGCUGCAGCUGCCGCCGCCUCGGCGGGGAAUGGGAACGCAGCCGGCGGUGGGGCAGAGGUACCCGGUGCCGGUGCGGUGUCGGCUUCUGGGCCACCUGGAGCAGCCGGUCCCGGCCCCGGGCAACUCUGUUGUUUGCGAGAGGACGGUGAGCGGUGCGGGCGCGCAGCUGGCAACGCCAGCUUCAGCAAGAGGAUCCAGAAGAGCAUCUCUCAGAAGAAGGUGAAGAUCGAGCUGGAUAAGAGUGCAAGGCAUCUUUACAUUUGUGACUAUCAUAAGAACCUAAUUCAGAGUGUUCGGAACAGAAGGAAGAGGAAAGGAAGUGAUGAUGAUGGAGGAGACUCACCUGUUCAGGACAUCGACACUCCAGAGGUUGAUUUGUACCAAUUACAAGUAAAUACACUUAGAAGAUACAAAAGACACUUCAAGCUUCCAACCAGACCAGGUCUAAAUAAAGCGCAACUUGUGGAGAUAGUUGGUUGCCACUUUAAGUCUAUUCCAGUGAACGAAAAAGACACCUUAACAUGUUUCAUCUACUCAGUAAGGAACGACAAGAACAAGUCAGAUCUCAAGGCCGACAGUGGUGUUCACUAGGAGAGAUGCUGUUCACACUAGCACAUAGAUGUCUGCCUGUAAAGAAUGUUUACUGUUUUUCAGAUGUAGAAAUGUUCUUGUGUAUUUUUUCUACUGAGGAUUUUUUUUUUUUUUGGCUUUCUGUUUUUGUUGUUGUCGUUUUUUGAUUCUAAUAAUUAGUUGGAAACUCAUCUAAACUGAGCUUCCUAGAUUCAACAUAUUUUAAAUAAAGGUUAUUACUAGUA